UGGAGAAGAACCAAACAAGAACACCAAGAUAGUCUUUAAGUUUUAAGUUUUCCGUUAAGCUUUUCAUGAAACAGAAAAAGUGACUCCAUGACAUUCUUUAAGAAAAUGAAAGAAUUUGGAGGAGAUAUGGACUCCUUGAUGUUUUCUAUGCAUUUGCAAAAAUAAACAAUGAAAAAUGUGCUUAAAUUUUAGAAGGAGACAGGUCUUUUGUAUCAGCAAUAGGGUACACAUAUACCGAGACUGGUGCUGAGGGUGGUCCCCUCCUUCAGAUGAGACCAGGCAGCCUUGUGUAUCAGCAUGACCCAGGCAACUGGAAGGCAGGGGCACCUAAGAUUCCAUGACACCCCCCGCCUUCCAAUUCUGUUAUUGCAACUCCAAACAGUUACCGGGUGCUCUGGGUCCUCCUUCUGGCACUCCACUCGGAGCCUGACCUAGAGGCAUUGACUUGGGCUCUGAGCUCUGGACCUUGCUCCUUGUUUUGGUGAUUCAAGACUGUCAAGUGUUAUGAGAUGCUGACAACGUUUAUCCCAAAAGUUAUAAAUCACAUCUACAUCCUUUAAUAUAAAAAAAAUUAGACUGGUUUAAAUCACUUUUUUCACUUAAAAAAAAAACUUUCUUGGGAUAUAAUUUUAUACUGCAAAAUUUACCCAUUUUAGCUGUACAAUUCAAUGAUUUUUAGUAAAUUCAUCAAGAUAUGCACCCAUUAGUAUAAUCCAUUAACUUGUCAUUAUUAUCUGUCUGGUUUUCUUCUCCCCAGCUCUGGCUCCACUCCUUCCACCAUAAGCUUCAGCAUGGCAUUAGCUCUCACCACUUGCUCUAGGCAAAGGACAGACAGGAAUAUCCUGGAAAUCAACCAGGAGUUGCUCUCCCAGCUAGCACAAAGCAAACAGCAGGUCAGAGACCUCAAAGAGAAAUUCCUUAUAUCUGAAGCUACUGCCUAUACCCUGGCCAACCAACUGCAGAAAUACAAGUGCGAAGAAUACAAGGACCUCAUUGAAUCCGUGCUCAGAGAGGAGCUCCAGUUUGAGGAGGAGAGACCAGUUGCAAGGAUUGGGUUGUCAUCAUCUGACAUCUGAUACUUCAGCCAUCAGUCUGCUGUAAUCCUUGUUGAUCUCAGGAUUCAUUGGCUCCUGCAGCCUGUGAGCCAGAAGCCUGCCGUCUUAUCUGCCCCUGCCUGGAUUUGUCAGAGUCUGGGGUCUGUGAGCCAACUGACUGCUGUCUGAUCUGCUGAUCUUGGGCUCGUCUCCCCUUGCAGCUGCAUGAUUCAGGAGAAGCCUCCAGUCUGACACCUGACCCACAGACUUGGUACUUGCCAGCUUCUACAAUUUCAUGAGCCAUUCCCUUCAGAUAAAUCUAUUUAUCUCCUUCUCUUUAUAUAUACAUAUACAUGCAUACAUACUUAUACAUAUACAAACAUAUAUACACAUGCACACUCACACACACACACUUUACUGGUUUUGCUUCUCUAGAGAACCCACCCUAAGAUAUUUGGUACUGAGAGUGAUUCUAGACAAACAAAAUUGUAAGGAUGAGUUUUCUAAAUUGGUUCUCAAGUCUUGUUAGUCUUAAAAAUAUUGAUGAUUUUCUUUCUAGUAGUAGAGAGGGCACCGUUAAUCCAUGCAGUGAGGUAGCAACAGAAAUACACAAAAUAUCACCACCAAUAGAUCAUGUACUGCUGAGAGGCAAGGCUUUGGUGCUCACAUCUCUGAUACUUUUCUACAAUCUUGUUAGAAUGAGAAGUAUAAGGAGGCUGAUUAGUUGGUUCUACUUUAGCAAGACAAAGUAGUGAAAGAAAGAGAUGAGCUCAGAGCUUCAGAAUCACAGCUCAAGCACCACAUAAACGACCUCAACUUUGCCACAUAGGCUCUGAAAGAAAACCUUAUUUCUUGUAGCAACAGAGCUGAUAUUGCUGAAGAAUAAACCCAUAAUCUUACAGUAAGAAUGGCUGAAUUACAAUGCCAAUUGAAUUCCCAACCUCAAAUGGUGUCUGAACUUAAAGUGGGGGCAUUGGUUGGGAAUAAAUUGGAGCCUGAAACUUGAGAUGGGGACAUGUGGGCAGAUAAUCAGGAAGUUGGGGACAAUGAGCCCUUAAAUUCCAUCAACUCACUCAACAGAACCAGCCUUCUAACUCCCAUCUGAAGAGACUACUUCAUCUUUGUCUGCUAAUCCACCCUCCCCAGUAAAACCAUUAACUUCUCCACCCCCAUCUGAUGAGAAUAACCCAGCUGUGUCUGAAGAGUAUUUUUCUGAGAUAUCAACAGGGGCAGCAUCUGGGUCAUUGCCUGUGGCAUCAUCUGAAGCAGAUGCCUUACAAGACAUUGCUGAAUAUUCUCAGAACAUAUCCACAACAUCCAUUUUACUGCUUCUAGACUAAAGUCCCACCAAGCACAAAAGGUGAGGUAGAAAGUGUGACCCAGGAGGAGGUAUGAAACACAGGAAAAGAACAUCCCAAACUGAAUUAAGACACCUAACUACAGUGGGGCUGGUUGGACCCUGUGGUGGUAGGGGCUAAGUGCUGGCACCGAUUGACAAAGACAAGGUGGGUGUGGUUACUGUAAUGAACAGUGGUGCCAAAGCAUUAAUUAGCCCUAGUCUGACUUGCAUGGACUUAUGGCGUUUGCUGCUUAGUCAUGGUGCCCCUACCAAUGAAAUAGAUGGGAAAUCUACUAAAUAUUUACUUCAUCUGUAUAAGCAGAGGAUUUCUAGGUCAAGUGAGCUGCAGUCUAACUUGAAUCACCAGAAUAGAGAGUUACAGUCCCUCAAUCAAUUCCCAGACUUGAGCCAGUUUAUAGAUCAACAAUCCCUUGAAUAUAGCAGAGGCUUGGUCACCUUGAAGAAGGACAGCACUACACUGCCAAAAAUUUAUACUGUUAAUCUUUCUCCCAGCCUUCCCAAAAGUGUUCUAUGACCUCUUAUGAGAGUAACUGUUCAUUGUGAAAAAGGAAAUAGUCAGACUGUUGGGGGAUUACUGGAUACUGGCUCUGAAAUUACACUAAUUUCAAGAGACCCAAAACUUUGCUGUGGUUCACCAGUCAGAGUAGGGCCAUCUGGGUCCCAGAUUAUUAUCGGACACUUAGCUCAGGUUUAUCACACAGUGUGUCCAGUGGGUCUCCAAACCCAUCCUGUAGUGAUUUCCCCAGUUCCAGAAUGCAUAAUGGAAUAGAUUUAAUCAGCAGCUGGCAGAUCCCCAAUACUGAAUCCCUGAAAACUGGAGUAUAGGCUAUUAUGAUAGUAAAAGCCAAAUGGAAGCCAUUAGAACUGCCCCUACCUAAGAAAAUAGUAAACAAAAAGCAAUACCACAUUUCUGGAGGGUGAUUGGAGAGACCACUGCCACCAUCAAGGAUUUGAAGACUGCAGGGGUGAUGAUUCCCAUGACAUCCCAACUCAUCUCGCCUAUUUGGCCUAUGCAAAAAACAGAUGAAUCUUGGACAAUGACAGUGGAUUAUCAUAAACUUCAUCAGGUGGUGACUCCAAUUGUAGCUGCUGUUCCAGAUGUGGUUUCAUUACUUGAGCAAAUUAAUACAUCUCCUGCUACCUCGUACAUAGCUAUUGAUCUGGCCAAUGCCUUUUUCUUAAUUACAGUUUUGAUGGAACACCAGAAGAAAUUUGCCUUCAGCUGGCAAGGCCAGAAAUACACCUUCACUGUCCUACCUCAUGGGUAUAUCAACUCUCCGGCCCUAUGUCAUAAAUUAGUCUGUAGGAAACGUGAUUGCUUUUCCCUUGCACAAGACAUCACACUGGUCCAUUACACUGAUGACAUUAUGCCGAAUGGAUGUAUUAAGGAAGAAGUGUCAGUGAUUCUGAACUUAUUGGUAAAAGUUUUGCAUGCUAGAAGAUGGGAAAUUAAUCCCACAAAAUUUCAGGCUGCCCUCAAGCCACUCCGCCUCUGGGGCUAUAUUAUCUGGCUGAUGAAAUGUAGCUUGAAGUGUCAGUAGCAGAUAAAAAUGCUGUUUGGAGCCUUUGGCAGGCCUCUAUUGUGGAAUCACAGUGCAGACCCUUAGGAUUUAGGAGCAAAGCCCUGCCAUCCUCUGCAGACAAUAGUUUCAUUUCGAGGAACAGCUUUUGUCUUGUUACUGGGCCUUAGUAGAGACUGCUUAACCAUGGGCCACCAAGUCACCGUGCAGCCUGAGUUGCCCAUCAUGAGCUGGGUGUUGUCUGACCCACAGGGCCAUAAAGUCAGACAUAACAUGACAUCAUUAAAUGAAAAUGGUGUAUACAAGAUUGGCCUUGAGCAGAACCUGAAGGUACAAGUAAGUUGCAUGAGGAAAUGGUCCUAAUGCCCAUUGUCUCCACUUGUAUCACAUUACCUGCCUCUCCCAGGAUGUACCUAUGGCCUCAUGGAGAGUUCCUUGUGAUCAGCUGAUUGAGGAAGAAAAAACUCAUGACUGGUUUACAGAUGGUGUCUUAGUCAUCUAGUGCUGUUGUAACAGAAACACUACAAGUAGAUGGAUUUAACAAAGAGAAGUUUAUUUCCUCACAGUAAAGUAGGCUAAAAGUCCAAAUUCAGGGCAUCAGCUCCAGGGAAAGACCUUCUCUCUUUGUCUGCCUUUUCAUCAAUCUUCCCCCAGACUAGGAGCUUCUACACACAGGGAGCCCAGGUCCAAAGGACACGCUCUGCUCCUGGCACUGCUUUCUUUGUGGUAUGAGGUCCCCUAUAUCUCUGGUCACUUCUCUCUUUUAAUCGCAAGAGAUUGCCUCAAGACACAAUCCAGUCUUGUAUAUUGAGUCCUUCCUCACCAACACAACUGCCACCCAUUCUCCCUCAUUAUAUCAUAGAGGCAGGAUUUACAACAUACAGGAAAAUCACACCAUACCAGGAAUCAUGGCCCAGCCAAAUUGAUACACACAUUUUUGGGGGGAUAUAAUUCAAUCCAUGACAGAUGGUUCUGCAUCAAGUGCAAGCACCCCUUAGAAGUGGACAGCCUCAGCAAUGCAGCCCUUUCUGGGACCUCCCUGAAGGACUCUGGUGAAGGGAAAUCUUCCCGACAGGCAGAACUUUGAGCAGUGCACCUCCUUGUUCACUUUGCCUCGAAGGAAAAAUGGCUAGGUGUGCCAUUGUAUACUGAUUCAUGGGCUGUGGCCGAUGGUUUGGCUGGAUGGUCAGGGACUCGGAAGGGACAUGACCGGAAAACUGGAGACAAGGAGGUACGGAGAAGAGGUAUGUGGAUAGAUCUCUCUGAAUGGGCCAAAGGAAUGAAGAGUCUUAUGUGUCGUAUGUGAAUGGUCACCAAGGAUGACCUCUGCAGAGGAGGAUUUUAAUAAUGAAGAGAAUAGGAUGACUUAUUCUGUGGAAACCAGUCAUCUUCUUUUCCCAGCUACUCCCAUCAUUGUCCAAUGGGCUCAUGAACAAAGUGGUCAUGGUGGCAUUGAUGGAGGUUUUACAAGGCUCAGUAACCUGGCCUUCUCCUCAUCAAGGCUGACUUGGCUACAGCCAAUGCUGAAUGCCGAAUACGCCAGGCUUGAGGCUCCGAAAUGGCACCAUCCUUGAGGUGAUCAGCCAGCAACCUGGUGGCAGGUUAAUUACAUCGGAUUACUUCCAUUAUAGAAAGGGCAAAGUUUUGUUCUUACUGGGAUAGACGCUUAGUCUGGAUACGGAUUAUUCUUCCCUGCACGCAUAACAUCAACAGUGGACUCACAGAAUGCCUUAUCCAUCGUCAUGAAAUCCCACAGAGCAUCUCCUCAGAUCAAGGGACUCACUUCACAGCAAAUGAAGUAUAGCAAUGGGCCCAUGCUCAUGGAAUUCACUGGUCUCACCAUGUUCCCCAUUAUCCUGAAGCAGCCGGUUUGACGGAACAAUGGAAUGGCCUUCUAAACACACAAUUAUGGUGCCACCUAGCUGGCACCACAUUGUAGGAUUGAGGCAAGGUUCUCCAGGAGGCUAUAUAUGUUCUAAACCAGCAUCUAAUACAUGGUGCUGUUUCUCCCAUAGGCAGGAUUCAAAACAGAUCCAGGAAUCAAGGGGUGGAGAUGGGAGUGGCACCAUUCACUACUCCCUCUAUUGACCCACUUGCCAAAUUUUUGCUCCCUGUCCCCAUGACCCUAUGCUCUGCAGGUCUAGACAUCUUAGUUCCAAAGGGAUGAAUGAUCUCACAUGAAGACACACCAAAGAUCCCACUGAACUGGAAUUUAAGAAUGCCACCUUGCCAUUUGACCUACUCAUGCCUUUGGAUCGACAGGCAACCACGGGAAUUACCAUAUUGGCUGGUGUGCAUGACCCUGACAACCAAGGGGAAAUUGGAUUGAUGUUGCAUAAUGGAGGUAAAGAAGAGUAUUUCUGCAAUACAGGAGAUCCCUUAAAGCAUCUCUUAGUAUUUAUUACCAUGACCUGUUAUUAAAGUCACUGAAAAAUACAGCAAUCCAAUUCCAACAUGACUCCUAAUAGUCCAGGUCCUUCAGAAAUGAAGGCUUAGUUCACCUCAGCAGGCAAAGAACAAUGACCAGCUGAGGUGCUUGGUGAGGGGAAAGGGAAUAUGGAAUGGGUGGAGGAAGAAGGUAGUUUUAAAUACCAGCUAUGACCAUGUGCCCAGUUGCAGAAAUAGGUCCUGUGAUUGUUAUGAGUAUUUCUUCCUUGUGUGUCUGCAUCAGAUAUUUUUGUUUUUUUCACUGAUAAAAUAUAAGGUGUACACAGGGCUAGUGUUUUUUUGGUUGUAUGCAUGUUAGAUGUAUCAUGUUAGGCAUAAGUAUGACUUUGUAAUUGUCUUCAUUUAGCAAUCUUAUAUUGUUUAAGGAGAUGUGUACAGGUGCCAAGUUGACAGAGGUGGACUGUGAUAGUUAAGGUUGUGCAUCACCUUGGCUGAAGUGAUGAACUGAAGGGGCGUCAUUUGAAAGCAAAGUUAGUAAAACAAAUAUACCCAAGGCUGUUUCCUCAUUCCUUCUGCCACAGCAAAGUCAAACACCUUGUGUAGGAAUUAAACUUGGAGAGUUCUUUGGGGUGUUCUAAGAGAUGUCUCUGAUGAAACUGUCAUAGCCUAUCAUUCACUGUGCUCACUCUUAUAUUUUCCUCUUCUUUUCCAUCUUAGGAAAUACGAUUCCCUAAUUCAGGCUCAGGCUCAAGAACUGAUCUAUUUACGUCAAAAAAUACAGGAAGGGAUUGGUGGAUGUUACCUUUUCACAGAGCAUGUGAAAAACACGAUCAAGUCUUUUAAGGACUUCAUCGGGAAUGCUAACAUUGCCAACUACCAGAGACAGAGAUUUUGUGAUCAACUGGCCCAAGGAAGCCACCUGUCAGAGCACCGCAUGAGCAAACUCACCAUGGGUAAGUCGGCCACAGGCUCUGAAGACUCUUAGCUCCUACCAAGGUCCUAAUCUCACAUAAGGUUCUAUGCCUCCACAACUCUAUGAGUACUUUUUUAACCAGAUGUUCUGCUUUUAAUCUCACAUUCUAGGGGCCAUGACAAUAUCAGGAUGGGCAAGGCAUGAGUACAGUGACGAAAUACAUAGAGCUGGAGGUCACAUUAUUAUAACUGGCUCCUUCGUCACAGGCUUUUGGUGCAGGGGGCAGCAGCCUUCUGACCAUCUUUGCUUGUUUGUUUUUUAUCAGUGCUGUCUUUACUAAGGAGCUCUGGUUGCACGGUGGUUAAGAGCUCGGCUGCUAACCAGAAAGUCAGCAGUUCAAACCCACCAGCUGCUCCUUGGAAACCCUAUGGGGCAGAUUACUCUGUCCUAUAGGGUUGCUGUGAGUCGGAAUUGGCUCAACAGCAAUAGGCUUGGCUUGGGCUUGGUCUUUACUAACUUUCUGCAAGUGAUUUAUCCUUCCUGGAUUUCUAUUUCCCACAUUUGUAAAAUAGGUCAAAUCAUGCAAUCCGUGAUUGCUGUAGACAUCAAAUGAAGUAAUGUUCCUGAGUGUAUUUGAAAAAAGAAUAAAGCCCCUCACUGUUUUGGGGUUAGCUGAAACACUGGGUAUAGUAGAACCUGCUGAUGGCAAAGUUGAUUUAUACCGGAGCACUUUUUACACAGAAAAUUACCCCUGAGAACACCUGAGUAAGCAGAACAGGGGCAGACAUGGAGGCACCCUUGUAGUCCUCUGACUUUGAAGGACAGGUGGGACCUGGUUGUUUAUUCUCUCCUCAGAGACUGGAGUAGGUUCCAUGUAAAAACAGUAGUGGGACACACAACCAUGGUCUAGCGACCACCUCUGUGGUGCAAAUGAAGGCUGGAGAAGUUCAGACAGCAGCUGGGGAAGUAUCUUGUGAACUGGAGAGCAAAAAAUAUUUUAAUUUUUUGCCUGACUCAGGUGGCAAACAUGGCAGUGAUUCAUUACAUCAGGAACGCUCUAUGCAGGGGGCUCAGGAAGGCAUGUCAGGCCACUUCUCUAAACACCAACCUGAGGGCUCCCGGAAUACUUCUCAGAGCACCCAGACUGCACAUGUAGAGUUUUUAUGUCUCUGAACAGAUAGGCCCCUGUGUUUUUAAUUUAGAUUCCAGGUCAGUAGUCUUUGAUGAACUGUGAAGACCAGAAAGGUGAUAUAAACCUGAAAAAGGGCAAAAGCCCCAGUUUUCAAACUGAUAAAAAAUAAAAGUAAUAAAAAAUUGAAAGUAUACGUCCUGUUGAUCCUUCACAAAGUAUAAAUUUGUUAUAUUCAAACUAUAAUAUCCCAGUUGCAUUAUGGUGUCUAACUCUUAUUACUGAGAAACAAACAAAAAAGCAAGCAUAUCUUCAGAUUGGCAAAAGUGUUUAUAAACUCGCAAAGCAUCCUCAAACUGCCUUUAUUCCUGCAAACUUACUAUUUACUGGGUUCCUGCUGUGUGCGAUACCCACCUCGUUAUCCCUCCCUGCACAGCACUCACCUUGGAUCCCUUUUUCACUCUCAUACUUAGCAUUUCCUCUUGCUUUCAAGGACCCUUCUGAGGACUACACUUAGACUACUGAAACUACUUUGCCUAA